GCGACAUCCAUACCCAACAACGAACAAACGCAGUUUUGUGAGAGAGUUUUCACAGGGACAAGAGAGGCGCUGCUCAGACUUCAGAGCUAAAAAACAGGCGUAUAACCUGCAAGAAAUCUGAGAGAGAGGAUCGAUGGAAGGUGCGUGUGAGAAAUAAAUGGGAGUAGCAGAGAGGAGAGAGAGAGGCAUGGCGGCGUUGCAGACAGAGCUGUAAUUCUGUCUCUUGAAUGCCUUAAAACAAAAUAACCCUGAACAGAGACUCCAGCAAAAAUUCGAGAAACAAACAGUCGUGAUUUUGAGUUCUGAUAUGGAAGUUGACUUCCAAUUGAGCUCCGGGAGAGGUUUAGAGGAGCAAUUACAAUGGCAGGGUUUUUCUCAUUAGGUGGAGGAGGAGGAGGAAGAGGAACAACACGUUUCGACUCACAAGAGGACGAGACCCCGAACAACCCGCCACCAACGGCAAUUUCUCAAGAGAGCUGGUUCUGGUACAGAAAUCAUGAAGAUCUCAACAACAACAACAACAACAAGGGAUUCGAGCUUUGGCAAGGACACAACAAUAAUCCAGUACUACACCAGCAAGAUCUCUACACAUCAGCCGCAGCUUUAGCCGUUGGAUCUCCGAGAACCUCAAUCAACGUCCCUGAUGACGUGAUUCGAAGCGCCGCUGGAGGCGGAGGCAGCAGCGGCAUUAGCUGUCAAGACUGCGGAAACCAAGCGAAGAAAGAUUGCCUGCACAUGCGGUGCAGGGCUUGCUGUAAGAGUCGCGGAUUCGAUUGCCAAACACAUGUCAAAAGCACUUGGGUUUCCGCCGCUAAACGCCGCGAACGGCAACAACAACUUGCCGCUUUACAACACUCACACCACCACCACCAACAGCAACAACAACUUCAACUCCACACAGAAAAUUCCAAACGACAGAGAGAAAAUCCCAAUCCUUCUGGGUUGGAGGUGGGGAAUUUUCCGGCUGAGGUGAGUUCUUCUGCGGUGUUUCGUUGUGUGAGAGUGAGCAACGUAGAUGAUACGGAUGAUGAUCUGUACGCGUAUCAGACGGCGGUGAACAUAGGAGGGCAUGUUUUUAAGGGUAUACUCUACGAUAAAGGGCCUGAAGGUAGUUAUGCGCCGGCUGGAGAGACGUCGUCGGGUGGACUUCAACCACUGAAUCUUAUCGAAGCUGGCACAUCGGGUACCGUGGCGACUACUGGUAUACCGACUACGGCGUCGUUUCUUGAUCCGUCUAGUCUGUACCCAGCUCAGCUCAACAAUUUCAUGGCUGGAAUCCUAGCAGCCAGCUACGAAGUUGUACAUACAGGAUUUCAUGUGUAUUCAGUGGAGCCCACAAAUUCACUUGGAUCCUGUGCGUCAAACUCAACAGUUGGAAUACCAACUGCUAGGAUUCUCUGUCAUUAUUGUUCCAUGAUAUCCUCAACACUACUCCUAGAAAUGUUGGUUCUAUGUUAAGUUUUCAAAUCAUCAAUGCCAUAACUCAGCAACUUGACCUGAAACUACUCUUGCAUGUCCUAUGAUGUUUCUUUAACUUUGUAAGUCAUUUCCUUAAAAUGCAUGAACUACUACAUCAAGUGCUUUAUUGUAGUCCUUCCUU